AAAAAAAAAAAGAGAUAUUAUCCGGCUACUGCCAGAAUUUGCCAUGGACAUACUGUAUUACGGCCUCGCAGUUGCCGGAACCGGGGCCAUCCUGCUGGCGGUGUAUAACCUCAUCAUCCCAAGGUGGUGCGCCGCCCAUCGACGCCGUAGUCUACGGCAAGGAAUGGCCGGAGGAACUCUGCCGUCCAUGUCCAGCCGGAGCUUUGUCAAGCCCAGAGUAAGAUUGGAAUCCAGUUUCAAGUACAAGAAAGAGGGAGUCUUGGGUGAAGAUGAAGAAGGGUUCGAUGAGUGUGAUGAUUAUGAAUGCCCUAUUUGUUUAUCAGAGUUCGAGGAAGGGGAAGAAGUGAGACAGCUGCCCAGGUGUAAGCACUCCUUUCAUGCUCUUUGUAUUGAUAUGUGGCUCUACUCUCACUUUGACUGUCCGGUUUGCCGGGCCCCGGCGGAUGGUGGAGAGACGGCGUCGAAUCCACCGGAGAAUUAUUCUGGGGAGCAGUUGCUGGUGGAUGCAGCCAACUCGGUGUGAAUAUUAUAUGGUUUUGGUGAUGUCUUGUAGUUGGGUGUGUGUGUGGACCCUUGAUGGAGCAGGAGACGUACGGUGAUAACAAAGGAAUUUUGAGGAACAAAGGAAUUUUGCAUCUUCAUUUUCAGUUUAGUUUCCAUCAAGUGUGGGAAUUUGUUCACUUCAACUUGAUUUGGAAAAACACAAAAAGAUAAUUGUGUUAUUUGAGAAUAAAAAUAAAAGGCACGCAUUGGUUACAACGAUAUAAUUGUUCUUUUGUGAUUGAAAACUCACAAAUUUGAAUUGUAAAAUACAGCAUUUUCUUUUUUAAAGGGAAAAGGGACACGCUACAUAUAGGAAUGUGACCCAGAUGGGUUGGUGGUGUACUUGCUUAAGUUAAAAGAUUGUCAUCUUAAUUAGCUGAAAGUAGCAAGAGAAGAAUGUGACCAGACAGAUCCCACAAGUGUCAUUCAUGCAUGUAUCAGUUUGAG